AUGUCGACUCCCGAGUCUCAUCGGCAGACCGUUGGGUCAGAGGAUCAGUCGCAGCAAGCACAGCCCCGGAGUUUACUGCCUGCCGAAUUCCAAGGCCGGACGAAGGCGUCGACACUUGCGCAACCACCAACAACCUCGGAACCCGUUUGCAAUGUUUCGCACUCACACCCUUACACCAGCUCAAUAGCCUCUGCUUGGGCUUCUCACAAUGGAGCGCAUUCUGCUCCCAGAAGCAAUCCAUUCCCUCCGUUAUAUGUACAUACCGAUCUGCCUCCCAACCAUCGACCGGUGACUCCAUUGAACGACAAUGAAUUGUUUCUACGCCAGAGUCUUUCCUCGACCAGCCUCUGUCAGCGAACUCCCAGCUAUUCUGUGAGGAUGAAUACGAUGUCCAGCACCGAAUCGCUCUCUCCAUCCUCAAUGCGAUCGUCGACCGUGUCCUCACCUGCAUUAGCUGCAAUGGCUGACAUCACUCCCUUGCCGUCGCCGAUCGGAUAUCUUAGCCCAGCAUCGUGGCGUUCUGGGGGUCGUACAAUAUCGUCGCAUUCUCUUUCGCGAACGUCGUCCACAUUAUCGCGCAGUGGUUCGUUCCUGAAUUUGCGCCCGAGUGAUUCCAAUCAAUUGCUCCGAACGGCGUCAUCCAGGUCUCGGUCGAGAAGAUAUAGUAGUACUCGGCUCACGGGUGGCGAUGUUCGAGAAAGCGGGCUGGAUGGACAUGAAGAGGUCCGAGGACAUUCACGAAACCGCAGUCUGAGCGAACAUAUUCCAAAGAAAGGACCCGCUUUGCUUCAACGACCCGACGGCUUACCGCGCACCAGCCACCCAUCCGACCUCUCGUCAUCGUCUACAGAUUCGACAACCGAUCCAAAUCGCUUGCAUCGUGAGCAAUACCUCGGAGUCCAGCGAGGUUUGACGCUUCCUACAGCUCGACCGCCGACGCCGCCCCGGUCCACCCGCAACGGAGAUGAAGAAGCAGACUCGAAGCCAAUUAUCCAGAGCGACACAUCCGCUGGAUCGCAGAAUGAGACUUAUUUUGUACGAUCGAUCCGCACCAAACAGCCGAGGAAAUAUCGCAAGCUUCGACAACUGGGCCAAGGAACAUUUAGUCAAGUCAGUCUUGCCGUGAGGAUACCGGAUGAUGCGCCCAUGAAGGAUGGACAUGUCCGAAUGCCAAGUUUGAUGUCCCAGAAACUGGUCGCUAUCAAGAUUAUCGAGUACGGACCGGCUGGAGGAGCGGACGAGGAGCGUGUCGAAGUGUCCCUGAAACGUGAGGUCGAGAUUUUGAAAUCAGUCAAUCAUCCGUCAUUAGUUCAACUAAAAGCAUUUGGUAGCGACGAUAAGCGAGCAUUGUUGGUUUUGGAUUAUUGUCCUGGAGGGGAUCUGUUCGAUUUUGCAACGUCGGAUAUGAAGUCUCUGAUGACUCCGCCGUUGAUCAGGAGAAUGUUUGCCGAAAUGGUUGGGGCAGUGCGUUAUCUGCAUGCCAAUUUCAUUGUCCAUCGUGACAUCAAGCUUGAGAACGUUCUGGUCAAUUUGCCGCCUUCAGCCAUGGGCCAAAUAUCCGAUUGGCGCACAUACGAUCGCGCAGUGAUUACCAUAAGUGAUUUGGGUCUGUCACGCAGGAUCCCAGAGCCCCCUGAAAGCCCUCUUCUGCACACUCGUUGUGGUAGUGAGGACUAUGCGGCGCCAGAGAUUCUCAUGGGUCAGCCGUAUGAUGGGCGUUCAACAGACGCAUGGGCAUUGGGUGUACUGCUCUAUGCCAUGAUGGAAAACAGACUACCCUUUGACGCUCUGCCGGGUACGCGUGGCGACCCAGCAAAACUGCGCGCCCGAACACCUCAUCGAAUUGCACGGUGUGAAUGGUCAUGGUAUCGAUACGCCGACGGAGAUGAGGAAUGGGAUCCUGUCAAGGGCGCGGGACUUGAGGGUGCGCGCGAUUGUGUGGAGGGGUUGUUGAAACGACACUCACGACGAAAGAGCUUGGGUCAAAUUGCAAAGCUCCCAUACGUCAGUGAAGCUCUUGAUUUGGAUGGCGAACUGAAAAGAGGAGAUAAAGAAGUGCCUUGA